UACAAAAUCUCUCAACAUCACACCACACCACACACAUCUCUCUCUCUCUCUCUCUCCAAGUAAUGGCAUCAAGCUCAAUGACAUCCUCAUCAUGGAGUAGCAAGCAGAACAAGCAAUUUGAGGCAGCCCUAGCUAAGUUCGACAGGGACACGCCCGACCGCUGGCACAACAUCGCUCGAGCCGUCGGAGGCGGCAAAUCGGCCGACGAAGUCCGCCGCCACUACGAGGCCUUAGAGAGGGACAUUUCCAGCAUUGAGAACGAUCAAGUCCCCAUCCCCAACUAUAGGGCUGCCCGCAAUGCCAGAACUUAGCUACGAUUGAUCAAGAAUUUCCAGCUACAGAAAGCGACCGCAGCAAACUGUGAUUAGCAAACUGGUGGCGAAUUGUAGAAAAAUUAAUGAUGCAGAUGCAUAACUUACUUAAUGUAUAUAUAUAUAUCUGUGAUGGUGGUUAAAUUGUAUGAUUAUGCUGAAUUAAUUAAAAUUGUCAGUUUUGAGGGAAAA